AUGGUCUUCGGAAGUGCUAGACAGGCGCGCGAAUUUCAUUUUUGCAGACCGUUGGCUCCAUUUCUCGACUUUUCUCUUGCACUCCCGCCCACGCCCAUCCCGUGUGCUCUUCGUCAACCAACUCGCCUCUGCUCGAGACGAGAUCGCACAAAGCAGGUCGCCCGUCAUCCGAGCCGUUGCGGACACGUCCUCGCCCGCUCGUCGCCGCCCCAGCGCAGCCGUGACUCGAUUGUCGUGCCUGGAGUACCGCACCUCGUCUUCUCCUCACCACCCUCCACCACAAACCAUCUCACCCACCCGCUCCGCUGCCUCGACCCCGCGAGCUUCGUCGCCGCUCAUCGAGCCGUCGCUGUGCAUCUGCUACUGGAAAAAUUCCUAGAGAAGACAUCCUAAUAGCCCAGCUUAGCCUCGACGCGUUACGAGUCGAGAACAAGAGGCCCGCGUAGCUUGCUCAGCUUCCACCAAGCUUCCUUGCGCACCCCGACUCUCUCACCUCUUCCCCGCCUUCGAGACCGGACUCGCCCGUCU